AUGAAUACUUCAGCUGUCGUAGAGGCUCUCGACGCGAAUCGCGCUCUUGUAGCAAAGCUUCAAAGUCUAAAUGACAUAUUUGCAAACGAAGAGACAAACUUAUUGACGAAAAUUCAAUCACUUCGUCGUCAAAUGGCUAUGCGAAGAGCUCAGCAUGCCAUGAAAUUAUUGCUGCCCCAUAGUUCCGUAAAAGACACAAUAUUACGGCGCUAUGAAAAAAACCCACGAGGGACUAAAAAACACGCUGGAGUGGGAUCGCGGUCAUAUAUUCGGCAACAUCAUUCCUUCUUUACCGAUGAAGCCGAACGUGAGCGGAAAGUUGGAAGACCCAAGAAGAAAAAGCUUAAGACAUUAAACGGAUAUGAUCAGGAGCUAACGAAGCUCCAAGCUGCUUCAGAGCCUUUUCCAAAUGCUGAUACAGUAUUUCUACGUGCUCAUAGUCACGAGGCGUUCGUUGCAAGUCCUUCUACUACAUUUUCAGCUCGAGAACGCCAUGUAGUUAAAGAAUUUGCUGAAGAGUUUUAUAUGACGCAUGCACCAACUGUGGAAAUGUCGUUGCAGGUGUGGAAUGGAAUUGAAAAGUGGCAAAAGCUAAGACGUUCAAGGCAACUCCCAAUUGAACGAUCAGGUUGUGCUUGUAAAUUAUGGUACGAUCUUCACGAGUCUCCAAAGCUUCGUCUUUGCGCAUGGACUAAGGAAGAAGACGCUGCGCUACGACGCUUAGCAACGGGUGAAGAAGAUCCUGCUUUAGUAAAUCAAUGGUGUGACAUUGCUAAACACAUGCCUUUUCCUGGAAGACCACCAGUGCACUGUUUGACUCGAUUUCAAACUGCGCUACGUGCAGACAAUGCGAAAUCGGGCUUCUCUGCAGAAGAAGAUGAUUUAAUACGUCAAGCAGUGCCAAUAUUUGGUGAAAAAUGGAACGUGAUUGCAGAUUUAUUAGACGGUCGAUUGUCAGAGCAAAUACGUCAUCGCUGGCAACUUACACUUGCUCCAGGUCUUCGACGUGGCAAAUUCUCCGUGAUUGAAGAUCGACGGCUAUUAUUGGCACUUCGAGCUUAUAUUUCUCAUGGUCAAGAGUUUGAUGUAGACGAUGUUGCUUGGAAUGAUAUUUGCCAUCAUGUGCCCGGCCGAACGCAACCAGCGCUACGUGAUCGGUACCUCAAUUGUCUAAAUCCCGACUUGUCGUUUCGAAAAUUUACGAAAAAGGAAGAUCAAACUAUUCUUGCUAGAGUGCAAGAGUGGGGAGUUGAGUCAGCAAGACUUUGGCCUCGACUUGCUGCGGAACUUGAAGGUCGCACCGACGCACAAGUUCGACGACGCUGGAAAUCGUUGGACCCAGUGGCCUAUAAAAAGCGAAGUCAAGCACUUGAACAAGCUAGUACGCAACAAGCAACCUCCGUUUUUCGUCGGCGAUCGAUUCAUCGACACAGCUCGAGGAUUACGAAAACGCAUACGUCACGAAGUUCUUACAAUGGUCGCACGGUGAAGGAUGAUCAGAUCCAAGCAACUAGGCGAGGACGAAGGCCUCAAACGAAUGGACCGUGA